AUGACAAAUUGCCAUUAUGUAUUGUUCCAGGUCUGGUUUCAAAACAGGCGAGCCAAGUGGCGUAGGCAGGAGAAAAUGGAAGCCGCGAGACUAGGUUUAAGCGAGUAUCAUCACGCUGCUAAUAUGAGGAACGUUGCCGGUCCAGCUCUAGGUUUGCCGGGAGAUCCUUGGCUUGCGCCGCCAGGACUGCUGAGCGCGCUUCCUGGCUUCCUCGCUGCUCCUCACGCGGGAUAUCCUAGUUAUUUGACGUCUCCUAGGCGAUUACCAUCACCGCCAAACGUCGGCGCCGUGGCCAAUGCCGUUCCAGGAUCGCUAGCCAGCAGUAUGGCGAGCAUAAGUGCCGGCGGUCACGUGCAACCACCGCCGCCGAGUCCGCCGGGACAUGAUCCUCGCACCUCGAGCAUCCAAGCGCUCAGGAUGCGGGCCAAGGAGCACGUCGAGAGCAUCACCAAAGGCCUCCAGAUGGUCUGAAGGUUAACUGAGGCUACGCCAAGGGCGCGCACCGCUGCCAAUCGCACCGGCCUGACGCUUGUGACAGCGUGACGAGCGAGCGAUCCUUCGCCCAAAGACAUUUCAGAUCACGAGGAACCGUCUGAGUAACGUGAGCGGUAUAUUGACCGACGAGAGCGAGAGCGAGAGAGAGAGAGAGAGAGAGAGAG